AGCACAAAAAUUCACAGCUUAAAGAAAAUAAUUUGUUUGUACGCUUGAAAAAAUGGCUAGCAGCAGCCAGCAGGCAAUGGAUUACGAAGAUGUUUCAACUCGUACAACGUCUGUUGAUGCGGAAAACAUAUACUCAACGGUCAUCUACUGUGAAGGAUGCAGGCUAUCUGGUCUAUUGAAUGGCAUGUGCAGGUGCCAGUAUUGCGACCGCUGGAGGGAGCUGCAAUAUCAGACGAUGAAACUUAAACAAAUAACUGGGAAAAGUAAUGAGAGCUGGCGAGAAAUGCUAAGCAAGAAGAAGGCUUCAGAAGCUCGUGGGAAACUCGUCAGUAGUUUGCACCGACGAGUCGUCGAGAAUAAGUCCUCUAAACGCAAGAUUUACUCCGAGAAGUCAGCAUUUAAAGAGUCUGGUGGGAAAAAGAUGGAAAAGCGAAUGAAGUCAUAUAUCACGCGAAUUAGAAUAUUAGAUCAAUGUAUCAAUGAAAUUAAAGUUAAUGAUGAAAGCCGGUACGACGUAACUGACCUCAGCGACCUGGUCUCAGCCCUCAACAUCGAAAAGGAACCAACUUCGCUGUUUGACCUCACACUGAGCGAGCUGCGUGAGCUCCACGCCAAUCAACUCUAA